AUGGCUACUUCAAAUAUAAAAGUUUCUUACGUUAAUGCCACUGGUAACACCGAUUUUGCAGUUGUUGUGUUCACAAAGAACUUCAAUGUCAACACUCCAAAGGUGUACUAUUCUGCUUGGAAAAUCCUUAGGGCACAGAGCCAAGUCGACUUUGUCUAUCCUGUUUCCUUAGGUGUUGGUGUUGUAUACACUACUAGCACAGGAUUGCAUAAGGCUGGACCGUUUCCUGCAGAAUUAGGAUCAACUUGGGAACUCUCUCAUGAUACCAUUACUACCACACCAAGCUUAAGAAAAGUUGCCAAUACUCAAGCCAAUCCAAAUGGAUCUAUUGUUGUCAAGAAUCUUCCACCUUGUACAUGGAGUGGACGCAUGUUUGAUGUUGGUGUUUACAAGGAUAAUGGUCUUCUAGUUGUUGAAAAAGAUGUCCACGUUGGUAGUCAAGCUGUCAUCAUGCUCAAGCCUAAGCUUUACUUUGCAGCUCGUGCUGAUCUAGAGGGUCACUCCAUUGAUGCCUCCUCUACAGCUGAAGCAGUUCAGUUCAUUACACUCAUCCAACACCUCAAGAGGGAGAUUAAGAGUUGGGAGGCUCAAGUGGAGGUGUACAGCUCAGGACAGAAGAUACUCGAGAGGAACAGAUACCAGUUCCCCAGCAGCUGGUUGGAUAUUGAUAAUAUCUCGGGAGAAUGGGGAGCAUUUAAUGAGAUACUGAAGAGAAAAGACGUGGCAAUGCAGAGUCAGAUUGGUAGUCUCCAGAUGAAGAUUGUUGCUGAAGAUAAACUCGUUGAAGAGAGGACGGCUGAGCUCCUUCAGGAAUGGGAGAGAAAGAAACCAAUACAUGGUGAGCUCCGCCCGGAUACCGCCAUGACAACGCUGACGGUCUACGAUGGUCGGUUUAGUCGGUUGAAGGAGGAAAGAGACAAUAUUAUAAAAGCAAAGGAAGCACUUGAACUAGCCGAACCAGGUCUUGUUGUGUCCAGUGAUGACAGACUAGCUGUUGUUGUUGAAGAGUUGCAAGACUUGAAGGGAGUUUGGGUUGAACUUGGUAAGAUAUGGGAACAGAUUGAUGAGUUGAGGGACAAACCAUGGCUCUCCGUCCAACCUAGAAAGAUAAGACAGUCUCUUGAUGGUCUCCUCACUCAAAUGAAAAACUUCCCUGCACGUCUAAAGUCCUACGCUUCCUUUGAAUUCGUCCAAAGAAUGAUCAGGAACUACCUCAAAGUGAACCAAACAAUAGCCUCACUCAAAUCAGAAGCCCUCAAAGAGAGACAUUGGAAGCAGCUGACAAGGAAACUGGGCGUGUCCUGGAUCCUGUCUGACCUGUCUUUGGGACAGGUUUGGGGUGUAGACCUCAUCAAGAAUGAGGUUAUUAUUAAGGACGUGAUCUGGGUAGCACAGGGAGAAAUGGCUCUAGAGGAGUUCCUUAAACAAGUUCGAGAGCAGUGGAUGAUGUAUGAAUUGGAUUUGAUCAACUAUCAGAACAAAUGCAAGCUAAUAAGAGGAUGGGAUGACCUCUUUACUAAAGUGAAGGAGCACAUCAACUCAGUAACUGCAAUGAAACUAUCACCAUUCUUUAAAGUAUUUGAAGACGAAGCUCUAGCUUGGGAGGAGAGACUGAACAAGAUCAACGCUAUCUUUGAUGUUUGGAUCGACGUCCAGAGACGCUGGGUCUACCUUGAGGGCAUCUUCACAGGCAGUGCCGAUAUCAAGCACCUCCUGCCAAAUGAGACUCAAAGGUUUCAGAGCAUAUCGGCAGAGUUUCUCACAGUCAUGAAAAAAGUCUCAAAAAGUCCUCUAGUAAUGGACACUAUCAAUAUACCAGGGAUAUUUAAAAGUCUUGAGAGAUUAGCCGAUUUUCUAGCCAAGAUCCAACGAGCUCUUGGAGAGUAUUUGGAAAGGGAGAGGGCUUCGUUCCCAAGGUUUUAUUUCGUUGGCGACGAGGAUCUGCUUGAGAUUAUCGGGAAUUCUAAGAACAUUGCUAAACUUCAGAAACACUUCAAGAAGAUGUUUGCUGGUAUUGCUACAGUGAUACUGUCUGAGGAUGGUAACAUGAUUCAUGGAAUCAGCUCAAAGGAAGGAGAACAGGUGGUGUUUAUAAAGCCGGUAUCAAUCACUGACAAUCCUAAGAUCAACCAAUGGCUGACACUAGUAGAGAAAGAGAUGAGACUAACACUAGCCACACUACUAGCAAAGGCAGUGGAGGACAUCUCUCAAUUCAGUGGAGGAGAAAUGAGAGUCUCCGAUUACAUUGAAUGGGUUGAUAAGUACCAGGCACAACUCAUAGUACUAGCUGCUCAAAUAAACUGGUCGAGUAAUGUAGAAGAUGCUUUGGUUAAUGGUGGAGGAGACGGGCUGGUAGCUGUCCUUAAGAUUGUGGAGGAUACUUUGACUGUUUUGGCUGAUUCUGUACUGCAGGAACAACCACCAGUUAGGAGGAAGAAACUAGAGAAUUUGAUCACCGAACUAGUACAUCAACGUGACACAACCAGGCUUCUAGUCAAGAGAGAGAUUAAAUCAUCGAAAGCAUUUGAUUGGUUGUCGCAGAUGAGAUUUUACUUUGAUCCAAAGAAGACUGACGUCCUACAGCAGCUCUCCAUACAAAUGGCCAAUGCUAAGUUUAAUUAUGGUUUUGAGUAUUUGGGUGUGUUGGAUAAGCUAGUACAGACUCCAUUAACUGACAGGUGCUACCUCACGAUGACUCAAGCACUCGAGGAAAGACUAGGAGGAUCUCCUUUUGGCCCUGCUGGUACUGGUAAGACAGAGUCUGUGAAAGCUCUUGGUCAUCAGUUAGGACGAUUUGUGCUGGUUUUUAACUGCGACGAAACUUUUGACUUCCAGGCUAUGGGUCGUAUAUUUGUCGGUUUGUGUCAGGUUGGUGCCUGGGGUUGUUUUGAUGAGUUCAAUAGGUUAGAGGAGAGGAUGUUAUCAGCUGUCUCACAACAAAUUCAAAUGAUACAAGAAUCACUCAAAGAGCAUAAGCACAUUACACCUGGUUUAUCUUCAAAGCCCAUUACGGUGGAAUUGGUUGGCAAGACUGUUAAAGUUAGCUCAGACAUGGCGAUAUUCAUCACGAUGAACCCUGGGUAUGCUGGCCGUUCCAACCUACCGGACAACUUGAAACAAUUAUUCAGAAGCCUUGCUAUGACAAAGCCCGACCGACCCCUCAUUGCCCAGGUGAUGUUGUACUCUCAGGGUUUCCGAACUGCAGAGACACUCGCUAGCAAGAUAGUACCUUUCUUCAAAUUGUGUGAUGAGCAGUUAUCCAACCAGUCUCAUUAUGACUUUGGUCUGAGAGCCCUAAAGAGUGUACUGGUAAGUGCUGGUAAUAUCAAGAGGGACAGGAUCCAGCAAUUGAAGCAAGAACUGGCAGCUCAGGGACAGACACUGGAGGAAACUGACCUAUCCAAACAACUUCAUGAACAAGAGAUCCUAAUCCAAAGUGUAUGUGAGACAGUUGUUCCUAAGCUGAUAGCUGAAGAUAUCCCCUUGCUACACAGUCUCCUUCAAGAUGUAUUCCCAGGAGUUGCUUACAGGAGGGCAGAAAUGGCCGCCCUUAGGAAAGAGAUAGCAGCAGUUUGUAAAGACUCUCACCUUGUCUUUGAGGAAGGAGAGCAAGCCUCUUCUCAGUGGGUUGAUAAGGUGUUGCAGUUGUAUCAGAUCCAGCUGUUGGCUCAUGGUGUGAUGAUGGUCGGGCCCAGUGGAAGUGGAAAGUCCUCAGCCUGGAAGGUUCUCCUGAAGGCGCUUGAGAAGCUAGAAGGUGUUGAGGGUGUGGCUCACGUCAUAGACCCCAAGGCGAUAUCAAAGGAAGACCUUUAUGGAGUGCUUGAUCCUAACACUAGAGAGUGGACUGAUGGACUCUUCACUCACAUACUCAGAAAGAUUAUUGAUAAUGUUCGUGGUGAGAUUAACAAGAGACAGUGGAUCAUUUUUGAUGGAGACGUUGAUCCUGAGUGGGUGGAGAAUUUAAACUCUGUACUGGAUGAUAACAAGUUACUAACACUGCCUAAUGGAGAGAGACUCAGUAUACCACCUAAUGUCCGCAUAAUGUUUGAAGUACAAGACCUCAAGUUUGCUACCCUGGCCACUGUGAGUCGUUGUGGUAUGGUUUGGUUCAGUGAGGACGUCUUGACACUUGAUAUGGUCUUUGAUCACUUCAUAUCGAAACUGAAAUCAAUACCUAUUGAUGAGGGAGAGGAGGAACUGAGGGGAGGAGGGGGCACCUCCGACCAAGAGACCAUCUCUCCUAUUAUGCAGGUCCAGAGAGAUUGUGCUGAUUUACUAAGCCCUCAUUUUGCUUCAGAUGGUAUCGUUCCUCGUUGCCUCGAACAUGCUGCAACUCUAGACCACAUCAUGGACUUCACUCGUCUCAGGGCUCUCAACUCUCUCUUCUCAAUGCUCCACCAGAUGAUCCGAAACAUAGUCUCCUACAACCAGUCUCACCCAGACUUUCCCAUGCUCUCUGAUCAGAUCGAGGCCUACGUCCCACGCUACCUCAUAUUCUGUUUGAUCUGGUGCUUCUCCGGAGAUGGGAAGAUGGUCUAUCGGGAAAAGAUGGGUGACUUUAUACGAGGGACGACCACCAUACCACUACCACCUGGUACUGCCCCCAUCAUUGAUUUUGAAGUUAAUAUUCAAGGAGAAUGGGUACUGUGGUCGAACAGAGUACCCAAGAUUGAGGUUGAGACUCAUAAAGUAGGUUCUCCUGAUGUCGUGGUCCCUACUCUUGAUACAGUGAGACACGAGAGUCUCCUCUAUACAUGGCUGGCGGAGCAUAAGCCGAUGGUACUCUGUGGUCCACCUGGCUCUGGUAAAACCAUGACACUCUUCUCUGCCCUUCGUGCACUGCCUGACUUUGAAGUUGUUGGUCUUAAUUUCUCCUCAGCGACUACCCCUGAGCUAUUAUUAAAGACAUUUGAUCAUUACUGUGAGUACAAGAGGACUCCUAAUGGAGUUGUGAUGGCUCCUGCUCAACUCGGAAAGUGGCUGGUUCUUUUCUGUGACGAGAUUAACCUUCCAGACCUUGACAAAUAUGGUACUCAGAGAGUAAUAUCGUUUUUACGUCAGAUUGUCGAGCACGGUGGAUUUUACAGGACCUCCGACCACACGUGGGUGACAAUAGAGAGGAUACAGUUUGUAGGAGCGUGUAACCCACCGACUGACCCGGGUAGGAAACCACUGUCUCACAGGAAUAGUCUGUCCUAAGUUACUGCUGUUACAGCAUGUCCUUAUAUACAGUGAUGGUUCAUGUUUAUAUCCAGUACAAUCAGCCAUACAAUAAGAUCCUUCUCCUUCAUCAAUGGUAACUAUUAAACACAGCAACAACAACAUAAAGAUGAACAUUUUUGACAUUUCACUAGACUGUACGUGAGUUUAACAAGGACUGGAAUUUAAACCAUGUAUCACCUGAGCUUCUGUAGUUUGUUUGUAUAAUUGUAACUGAUUUUUUUACAACUAUAGCUAAUUUGAUAGUAAA